AUGUUAUACUCUCAACUUUUGACGGUUGUCUCGUUUUCUUUGCUAGUCCUCUGCAAGAACGUUACCAUCGACGACGUCCCGGGAUAUUCUGACCUCCCAGCAUGUGCACAAACGCCACUCAGUCAUAUGGCCCAGGCCAUGGCGGCAGGAUGCAACAAGGCUGGCCAGAAGUUGUCACACUCUUGCUUCUGCACUGCGAGUUCCACGCAGCUUAGCGUGAUUAUCAACGAUGCCGUCGCAUCGAAUUGCCAUGAGAUGACAAAUGUCACGUCCAAUGCGGAUCAGGCCUCGGUGGUUUUCAGCAGCUACUGCAACGGCUUUAACAUCGAAGCGAGAGCCACGGCGACUGUACUUGAUGAAACCGAUUCGGAGGUGGUGGACGACUGGUGCGACGACGAUAUUCCGCAAGAGACUCAAGUGCCAGUGGCGUCCACUACUCCUAAUCCUGUGUCGAAAUCGUCAAAGUCGCCAGACCCUUCGACAAUAGGACUGCUUGCAAUUUCGGUUGGGCUUAUAUCAGUCUUGAUGAUCUUUUAG